AUGUCUCUCUCACUGCCAGCAACUGCAUUUUUCAGCAUUUUCCUCCACGGAACCACCCGCCGAAAAGAAUACAUUGAACUCGAAGGAAAUCCGAACUUGUUGCUGAAUAUAAAGCAGAAGGCACUCGACACUUGGGCGCAGAAAUGUGGAGAGCCGGUUUUGAGUGCUUACAAAGCGUAUAACGAGGAGAAGAACAUGCUCGAGGCUCGGGAAGCAGCGCGAAUGGAUGAGAUUGUCGCGCAGCUCUCUGAACCGGCGAAGAAGGCCGACAAGAGAGUUCGAGACAUUAUGUCGGACAAAAAUCAGACGAAAAAGGAGAUGGACACAAAAGUCGACGCGCAGCUCAACAAGUUGCCGAAAAAGGUCUACUACGAGUUGACAUUCGCCACACAAUAA